AUGUCAGUCCUUCUAGAGAAAGAGCAGGAGCAGGUUGCUUCAUCAGAGAUGCCAUGCCAGACUCAGGGAGAGCUGUUCCCAGCCCGAGAGCAGGAAGAGCAGCUCAGGCAGCAGGUGGAAGAGCCCCAGCAGAAUGGCCAGAACAUCAAGGCAGAGCCACAAGCAGAGCUGCCCAAAGCUCAGAGUGACAUUAUGGCACCGAAGAGGAGGAAUGAAGAAGACAUGGGAAGCAUCCAAGAGAAGAAUCUCCAUCAGCAGAGAGGCGAUCAACAAAACCAGGGAGAAUGGUGGAGAUGGAAAAUCCCAUUAGAAAAUACAUUGAACUGGAAAAUAUUGGCAGUGGGACUUUUGGAGAUGUUUGUAAAGCAUUCGACACUGCCACAGGAAGAGAGCUACCUUGUGAAUAAGCAACUCUGGCUGGUUAUGGAGUACAUGGAUGGAGGCACUCUGAGCGAUGUCAUCAACGAGACUCACAUGUCUGAAAGAGAGAUUGCAGCCAUCAGUCACGAGUGCCUGCGAGGACUGGAUUUUCUUCACUUGAACCACGUGAUCCACCGAGAUGUGAAGAGCAGCAACAUCCUUCUCAGAACCGACGGCUCUGUCAAGCUGGCUGACUUUGGCCUCUUUGCUCAGCUCAUCCCUGAGCAGAGUAGACGGAGCUCCGUGGCCGGCACUUCUGGGUGGAUGGCACCUGAAGUGGUGACAGGUCAACCAUAUGGCCCCAAAGUGGACAUAUGGUCAUUUGGAAUCGUGGGCAUCGAAAUGGUAGAACGAGAAGUUCCUUACUGGAAUGAAACUCCUGUUUCGCCUCAACUCCUGAUAGCCAUACGAGGGACACCAAAGCUGAAUCAGCCCAACCUAUUUUCACCUUGCCUGCGUGACUUCCUGAGCUGCUGCCUGCAGACAGAGGUGAUGUGUCGCUGGUCUGCCACAGAGCUCCUGCAGCAUCCAUUUGUAACAUUUGCUGAGCCUGCAUCCAGCCUGGUACCACUGAUUGUUUCAGUGAAGAAGAGGAAGGAAACGAGAAUGUGACAAUCAUCACAUCAGGACCAUUUAUUCCUCAACCACUUUAGAGUAGUAUUGUAGGUUAGAACUAAGGGUUAGGGUUAGGGUUAGUCUUAGGGUUAGGGUUGUUAGGGUAGGAUUGUCUAAUAGGACUGCAGAGUAGGAUUGGAAAUGAAUAAAGUUUCUGAAACCACAACUCACCUUGAAGAUUCCCUUCCUUCUCACUCUGUGAAUAAGCCUGAGAACUCCUUCUGAAUUGUCUGUUGUUUCUUAAAGGUGGAAAGUGACACUUACAGUGUCUUUGGCACAGUGUGAAAGUGGGGAAGGCUCUUUUUCAUUCAUCCUCUCCAGACCACACUGCCUUUGUAAUGUGGCCCACUGGUCUGGUUUUGGCCAGCUUGGUACUUCUAUUUGAGGCAGAAAGGGUAAUGGCAUUUGCAGGCAGAACCAAAGAAUGAAUGGGGCAACCCGAACACCCUGUGUGGAUUCAGGCCUUCAGUUGCGACUGGAGAGCAUUUGGGCUCCUGCCACUUGGAUUGGUAUCCCUAAGUGCAAUCUCUUUGGCUGGAGGAGAGCCUUGCUCAGGUGAGAAAGCAGAAAGACCAGAGAGGCUGCUCUGGAAGGUCUCCUGUGGUGCAGAGCUGCCAGCGGCUGUGAGGUGAGAGCGGGCCCGGCCUUGCCCAGGCUGGAGCCCCAGCAGAGCCCCGGCAGAGCCCGCAGCAGCCCGAGCCUGGGCAGAGGCGGGCUGCAAGGAGGCCCUUGGAGCUGCAAGAGGCAGCAGCCGGGCCCUGGUGCCUCUUCCUGGGAGUGGGCAGCUGCAGCAGGAUUUCCUGUGGGAAGAGGUAACACUGCUGACAUGGCCUUGGACUCCAGGGGCCCAUGGCUGUGCCCCCCAGCACAGGGGUGUCACCCAUGGUGGGGCACAAGGGGAUGGGAAAGGGCAUUAGAAGGGAGAGAAACCAGUGUCUAGGGACUAUGUGAGGAAAAUAACAAUUUAUUUCCUUUUUAUUGAAUAAAGGGUUGCAAGAGCCCUGCUAGAGCUGCUGGUGGAUUGGCCUCUUGCUGGGGCCCCUCCUCUUUUUUUUAGGGGCUGAAAAUAUUCAGUUGUAAUUUGCUUUAUAGAAUUCUUUGUCACUGUGGGACUGGAAAAAGAUCACAGGAAUUUCUCCCAUCAUAGGUUUUAAAAUAUUUUUAAAUGUUAUUAUAAGGACUAUUUGGCAACAUUUAAUUUUUGCUUUCUGUGUAACUUUAUUAAAUCUGUACUUUAAAACAAGUGUUACCUAGCAGGCUUUCAGUCCAAUUACAGCAGUUGCUUUUCAGCAGGCUGAUUUUCCUGUAGGACUAGACAAGGAAAGUAACUUCGGAAAUUGAGUUUUCCACAUUGUUGUGGUGUAGGAAUGGUAUUGCAUAGUUUAGUGCUCACACUGAUACACCUCAGACCAUGUGCCACUCACUGACUUCCCCACCACUUUCCCUGUGGCAGGAUGGAGAGAAGAGCACAAAUAGGUAAAGAUCAUGGGUUGAGAUAAGAACAAUUUACUGGCAACAGCAGUGAAAAAAGAACACAAACAGUAAUAACAACACUAAAAGCAGAGUGUACAAGAGGGGAACAAUUCACACAUGAUCAUUCAUCACACAGAACGUGGCAAACCCCAUGACUCGCAGCACACCACUGAAGGAAGAACAAACCCCUUCCAUUUCUCCCUGCCAUGUGGCAAGUGGUAUCAAAUUACCCCAAGGCCCUGGCUGUGCUCCACCUGGCUGCUGCAAAGAUUUCCUUCCUGGUCGGAUCCAGGACACAGGAUCUGCCCUGUGGGUCCUGGCUCUUGCUCUGAGUGAGAGACCCCCAUGGCAUCUGCCCCAGCAAAAGGGACUUUAGGACAACCUCUCACUUAUUGACAUUACCCCCUCUACCCCCGCCCCACCUCCCUUUUUUCCUCCCGAAAACUUUCAACAGAAGUAGCACGUAAGUACAGUUCUGCACAUACUGAACUAGCAGGAAGGUGUGAUAAAUAGGUGUGAUUUGUGCUGACAAAAUUGAAACAGUAAUCAAUAUUGAUACAGUAAUUAAAUUUGGAAAUAAUAAAACAG